UAGACUUUCGCCAUUUUGCAGGGCAAGAAGCCCUAAUUUCCACCACCUGUGCCUGUCCUGGAGAGGGAGGGGGAGAGAGAGAGAGAGACUCCCCUGUUCAGUUCCACUUCCAGUUUUUCCCCCAAUCCUUAUCUUCACCGAACAGGGUCGCUCCUGCUGCUGUUGCUCUCAAAUGGGUCUCUGCAAGAUCCGUCGGGAGAGCGCAAGCCAAGCGUGUCAGCUCAGCUCGGGUGGAGUUUGGGUGACCUAACGACCGUCCCCUGAUUCCUCCGAGAGGGAAGAGCGGUGGAGUUUCCGAGGCCCUGUUCGAAUUGAUUUAUCUCAUUAGAUCGUUAAUGCAUUGUAAUGGUGGAGGAUAGUUUAUGCUUUCAACUCCAUGAAUCAUGAACCUGUUUGUUGGAACUUUGAUGUAUGGAGGCUACCCGAGAACAUGAGCCCUGCAGACUUGGUGAUCGAGUCACCAGUGAUGUCAGAUUAUGCCUCUUGAAUAAUGAAGGAAGAUCUGAAUUUUUUUACUGCCAUUCCUCCAUAUUGACAGAGAAGAGCAAGUUCUUUGCAGAAAAACUCUCUUCUCCAGUUUCCACGACUUGCAUUGAAAUUAACUGUUCAAAGCUAGACUAUGAUCACCAUGUCAAACUUCUGGAGCUGCUUUAUUCACCUUGCCAGUCGCAUUUGGGCUUCUAUGGCUCAGUGAAAUCUGCUCUUGGUAUACUUCAGGUAGCAAUUGCAUUUCACUGUGAAGAGAUCACUCAUAGCUGCAUCCAGUACCUGGAGGCUAUUCCCUGGGACGACAAGGAAGAAGAAGAGAUAAUGGAAGCUGCGUCAAAGCUUGGUCCGGUCACCAUGCCCAUAUUAGCCAGGAUUCAACCAGUUGACUUUACUGUCACUAAGAGUGUUUUUGUUUCUGCAUUUCGUUUCGCCACAUCCACUGGUGGGCCUUGUCCUCCAUUUGGAGAGGAGCUCAAAAGCUCUGCCCAAGAGCAAAUAGAAUUCAUGCUACGGGAAGAUGAGGACACGCCAUUAAUCACUGUUGAUGAUGAAGUGAAGUCAGUAGUUAAAAAGGGCCUUUCUUUUAUGUUCUCCUCAUUUGAAAGCAAGUUGUCCUCCUUGCUUAAUGCGUCGGAUCUUGCAUCCGAUACAGCAGAGGUCGAUAUAUUGCAGGGUUUAAGCGAUCUUGAUUGGAUGAGUAACAUACUGCCGAAAAUGGAACUCAUGAAGGACUUUGUCUCAACAUGGGCGGAAACCUCUGAAAAUAUUUUGGGAAUUGUUGAAGACCAGAAGCUUAAGUCUGUCAUGUGGGGUUUGAAGCUAAAGCUAAUAGAAGUGUGUGGGAAAGUCUUGGAAGCAGUCGGGUAUGGGAACGUGAUCCUUCCGGCUGUUUUUCGGGUGCAGAUACUUAAACUGUGGCUCCCUUAUAUAAGAAAAAUGAAACCUCUUCUAGAUUUAAAGAGCGAUGAGGAGGCCAGUUUUCCUUAUAAAAUGGAUGAAGACUUGUGCCAAAGCAUCGAAGGUGCCAUCGUCUCCUUCAUAUUAGCACUGCCAUCGAAUGAUCAAGCUGAUAUCCUGGCAGAUUGGAUGAAAGCCGAGCAGGCGAAGUUUCCCGACUUAACCGAGGCCUUCGAAGUAUGGUGCUAUAGGACCAAAUCUGCAAAGAGGCGGUUGACAGAGGCAGUAGACGAGGGUGAUAAUGCCCCUAUCAGCUUGUGAUCUGUUAUGGCACUGUUAUGACUAGUUCUACUUUAGUAGAUCGAGCUCGAAGGUCCAGUGGAUAUGUCUAGUUCUAAUGGAGUUGGUUCUGCCCUAUUUUCAUGGGCUUUUCUCACCUCUACGAAGAGCACUUUCAAAAUGUAGUUUCAAUCCGCAAGAUGAAUAGGAUACAACAGACAGUGGCUGUGCGUAAUCAUGCGAAUUGCUUGAUCUUGCCAAAGUUGCAAUCACAAGCACUAGCUAACAAAGUAUAUAUACCUGGUGCCUUAGAUUAAGUUUCUUGUGGCAGUAUUCAGCUAGUUUUAAUCUAAUAACUGCAUGGAGCGUACCAUUAAGUUGUGGUUCCUCCAUUACAAGCUGACAUCUCAAGGAAGGAAAACACAUAGCAAGGUGUCCUGACACACAUAUGUACCGUACUUCUUAUGUUCCUAUUUCCACAAGACAAUAUUGAUCGUCCAGUAAGAUGCAGCUACUUGUAUCGUACACAGACAGUUGAAUUUGAUUUUCCUUUAGGAGAAAAGAAACCUUGUGCACUCCCUCAUUGUAAACCUGCCUUUCCUGCAAUAUUAUGAGCUGCAUUUCUUUGA